CAGUCUCAGCCCUCGCACAUGGACCACCCUCUGCCAAAAGUUUCAGGAAGUGAAGCAAAACAUUCCUGGCGUGCUCCUGCGAAGGACCAUGCAGGAAUUGUAGGAUGUGGACGCGGUCGGACUGGGACACAGCAGCCGUCAUAUGCCGCAGCUUGUUCCUGAGUGGUGCUGGGAGUUAAAACACCCCCUCCCUCUGAACACUGUCCUCCUCCAUCAUCCUUCUGGUGUGCAGUGGAGCCGUGUGAGAGCGGAGAAGAGGAGACCAUGGAGACGCUCGUCGCUGCUGAUUCACUUCUCACCAUGGACUGUGUUGACACGCUGUCCCUGGAACAGCACUACUCCCAGGCCUUCCUGCCGUCACUGGGCGAUGUCAUCACCACGCCUGUUGCCCAGGUAACCGUGUCGGCCGGGGGAGUGGUGGAAGCUGUUGACCAGUCCCAGUGGCACUCGUUGCACAAAGAAAGACCCGCAGAUGCGCUGCAGGCCAAAAAGAGAAGUAAAAAACAUCGACAUCAGAGGGCAGAGUCUCCAACACCGGACGUUAAAGUCAUGAAAAGUAAAUACAACAAAGGAGGACACACUCUUUUCCUGUGGCAGUUCUUGAUGGAGCUGCUUCAGGACAGACAAGUCUGUCCUCGCUACAUCAAGUGGACCGAUCCGCAGGCUGGAAUCUUCAAGCUGGUCAACUCGAAAGCAGUGGCCAGACUUUGGGGAAAACACAAGAACAAACCGGAUAUGAGUUAUGAGACAAUGGGAAGAGCACUCAGGUACUACUAUCAGAGGGGCAUACUGAACAAGGUGGAAGGUCAGCGCCUUGUUUACCAGUUCACCUCUCUUCCCAAAGACAUGGUUUAUAUCACAGAUGGAGACGGUAUCAAAGAGGAAGAAGAUGGUGAUCAGGACAACAGUGGAAACGAUGAAGGUAUGAGUGACAACUCUGACAGCACUGUCUGCAGUGACCAGUCAGGGGAGGAGGAGGAAGAGGAGGAUGAAGAGGAUUCCCAGCCACCUCAAAAGAAAAUGUCGCUCGCCUCCAAUCGAGCCACGCCCACGCAGCGGACCAGGUCAGUUCCCAGACCUCCAGCUCAGCGCGACACCGUCCUCCGUCCGGCCAGCACCAGCUUGAUCCAGGAGAGACACCUGCCCAUUGUGUCCGCCGAGAUGCUGAGGACGCUCCAGAACCUGCAGAAGGUCCGGUCCCUGCAGCCCGCCGGUCAGGCGUCCGUCUUCCAAACGGCUCAGCUGCUGGGCAGUCUGUGCGAGCGGCAGGCAGCGUCCGAGUUCGUCAGGGACGGGGAAGGUGCGCUGGAGGUGCCUGAAAAACCAUCAGGACAGAACCCUCCAAAGCUGGUGCCUCCAACAAGCUCUGACCAAUAAAGAAAACCAUCCGAUCGGCCUCAAACAGGGUUGCUCACACACUCCACUGACUCAGGAACAGUGGCAGAGCUGCACUCUGCUGCAGCCAUGUCUAAUCACCAGAGUCUAUAAUUGUUCAAUGUAACAGAGGAGAGCACUGAUCUGGGAUUGACUUUAUGUUUUAAAACCUAAUGAAUCAGAAACAAAGACGAUUCUCGAUCAUUGCUUCCCUCUAGGCAUGAUUGUUCGCAAAAUUUAGGUAGAUGAGAUCUCCUUUAAGUUCACCUUAAAAUAUAGAGAAAUAUAUAAAUCCUUUAAUUUGUACAUUAUGUUUUUUAAAUUACUCAAUACACCAAAGACAAAUAUGCACUGGAAUUUCAAGCCUUUCUGCACUUUCUGCAGACACAUCCUGGCUCAUGGAGUCAUUUAUUAAAUAACCACCUUUCUCUGCCUUUAUCCUCUUUCCACAUAAUUUUAUUUUAUUUUAUUUCUAAUCGCAUGCUGUAUCAUUCCUUUGCCUUAAAAGCAGCUUUGCACUAUUUUUUACUCCUGCUGAACAUUUCUUUAAGUGCCUAAAGGUCUCAAUCCUGUUCCUGUAUUUUCUGUUGCAGAUAAUUAUGGGGUUAUUGAGGGAAAACAUUCCGUAUUUUUAUUGUUGAUUUGCUUUAAGAUGACUGAUUCGUAUUGUGAUAUGUUAAAAACAAGGGAUUGCUUUUGUUUCUAGUUGAUCACUGUUGUGUAAUGUUUUUUUUUAAAUCAAGUGGGCCUUACUUUGCUUGACAAUCAAAUGAAGCGAUAUUUUGCUUCUUCAGAUGUUCAACUUGUAACUAGUCGUUUUGCUAUGCACAUGUUUGGUUUUGAAGUUGCACGUAUAUAAGUUCCCUCCGGCUCUCUGAAGCCUGUAUCUGUUGUAUGUCAUAUGUAUGUGAAAGGACUCGUCAUCUUUCUCCUCAGGUUCGUUUGAUUUUCCGUGCUACAGAGACUGCUCUAUGCGAGGAGUAAAAAUGGAUGGCUCCUAUAUGAAGUCAUUUGUUCAGUGUUUACUCUUGCUUUGGUCUUAAUGUAGUCCGCAAUGUUCACCUCACUCCACAUGAACCCUGCACUCUGUGAGAACCAGGCCAAGCUUGAAGAUGCUUUUCAGUGGUUGUGCCUUUGUCUAUAGGGAGCCUGUAUGCAAAACUGCUUUUACUAUAUUAAACAAUUUAUCAUGAAGUCCCCACGCUCACAUUAUCUGAAUGUCUCUUGAUGCUGUUUUACUGAUUUAGAUGAGCCUAUAGUUGAGAAUGAGAUGGAAGUUCUGUUGCCUUUAUUUUGUAUAUUCACUCAUUCCAAAGGUGUCAUAUUAAAUAAACUGUAAUUUGUGUGAAA